AUGUCAAAGUCAACGGCACCGGCACCGGAUCGUGUCGAGCUGGACGAUUUGCUCGAAGAAGUUGGCCACUUUGGACCGUUUCAGCUGUGGCAGUGUACACUCCUUCUGCUACCCGUCAUUUUUACCGCAUUUUCAAACCUUUGUUAUGUGUUCACUGCUGGCGAUGUUCACUACCGCUGCUACGUACCGGAGUGUGAAACGGGAUCUCAAACCGCACCGUUCGCACCGGACUGGAUAAGAGCGGCGGUGCCAUUUCGCGGGAAUCCGGAACAUCCCGCGAAAUGUGACCGCUAUCAGGUGAUGCAGUUGAGUGCGGACUUCGCUUGUGUUGAAAGCCGGUUUAACCAAAGCGCCAUCGAACGUUGCAAUGAGUUCGUGUACGCCGAUCCUACCGAAAGGACCAUCGUGAAUGACUUCAACUUAAUGUGCGAUGAAAACCUUUGGAAAGUAACGCUCGUCGGCACGGUGCACAGCAUCGGCCAGUUUGUGUCGCUCGCCCUGUCCGGUAUCAUAUCCGAUCGGUUCGGACGCCGCUGGACACUUCUGCUGUGUGUGGGGAUCGGUGCGGUGGUCGCGAUCAUUCGCUCUUUCGCGGCCAGUUACCGCACCUUCCUAGUGCUCGAGUUUGUCGAAGCAAUGUUCGGCUCAACGAGCUAUACGACCGCGUUCAUCCUGAGUUUGGAACUGGUCGAACCUCGGUUGCGUGUCAUCGUGAAGAGCGUCAUCCUAGUCGCGUACGCCGUGGCCGAAGCCAUUCUCGGAUUGCUGGCGAUGACAUUCCGCGACUGGCGUACGCUUUCGAUCGUGCUCUUUGUCCCGGGCGUAUUGUCGAUUCCGCUGCUUUACACCACGGUCGAGAGCGUCCGAUGGCUGCUCACCAAAGAUCGACAGUCGGACGUGGUUAACAUCCUGCAACGGGUGGCCAAAGCUAACGGUCGUCCGCCACUGCCCAAGAGCACGCUGGACGAAUUUUACCUGCAGCAGAAGGCCAAACUUGACUCCGAACGGGACGGUGGACCGAGCAAAUCCUUCCUACGGUUAGUGCGUGAAACCUGCCAGCACCGGCGUUUGUUGCUACGCAUCGCCAACUGUGCAUUCUGCUGGUUCACCAAUGCGAUGGUGUAUUACGGGCUCACGCUCAACUCGGUCACGCUCGCCGGGGAUAAGUACAGUAAUUUUAUCUUCAUCACACUGGCCGAGAUACCGCCAUCGCUAGCUAUCAAUUUCAUUCUGAAUCGAUUCGGCCGCCGGAAAACGCAAUGCGGCUCGCUGAUACUGUCCGGCGUGUUCUGCCUACUGGCACUGACAGCUCUCAAAGACAUCACCUGGCUGAAUGUGAGCUUGUUUUUAAUGAGCAAAAUGGCCAUCUCGCUGUCCUUCUCCACGCUCUACAUCUACACGGCGGAAAUCUUCCCGACAAACCUGCGCCAGAGCUUCAUUUCGUUCUGCUCGAUGGUGGGCCGGUUCGGGUCCAUGCUUGCCCCACAGAUGCCACUGCUACAGACCCUCUGGGCACCGUUGCCGAUGGUACUGUUCGGUUCGGUAGCCGUGCUGUCGGGCAUUUUGAUUCUGGAGUUCCCGGAAACGACCGGCGUCACACUGCCCAAUACGCUCGAGGAAGCCAUCGAGCUGCACAGUCGGCGAAGGCAGCCCUCAGGGGAAGCGGAAAAGGGAUCGUACUCUAGUCCUGGAUAG